AUUACAACGUGCUUGCACUGGGCAAGACAUCACACGGUUUAACUCCACGAGAAAGUGAAUUGCGGCGCCCGGCGUUUGGAAACUACGAAAACCAGGCUUUCAACGGUAACCACUCCAGCAGAAAUAUUCACAUUCACAAAGCUAGAAAGCUCCAAAACGCAAGUAUUUAAGAACUCAGACCUCACAAGGCGAAGAACACUCCAAGUCUCAUCGUUAAAGAACGAUAGCAAUCCACACGAAAAUGGUACAAGGUAAUAACGCUCCUUCCAGUCCGGUAGACGUGGCUUUUGAGGAACUCUUUGAAGUCAUUCCAGAGUUAAAGAUGUUCACCCCAGCGCAAGUCGUACCAGGCGCUGAUAACGCCGAGCAAGAUGGGCUUAUGACUGGGUCUCUGGGCCUUGAAGAAGCUCGGAUGUACAAGAGUGAGCCAGAUCUGCGAAUCAAGAGCGAGCCAUCAGCCUUUAGCGAGGUAACUAACUACUGGCUCCAAUGCAGCAUGUCGCUGGGCGACACGCAGUACCAGACAAACACGCGUGAUCCUUUCCUAUGCGCACGUGAUACCUUCGCCAGCUUUCAAGAGCAGAUGGAAAAUUUGGAAUGGCGGCCGCCGGUACUUCAAGCUAUGGCUCUGUGCAAACCAGAACCUGCGUCUGAAGUAGACGAGAUGUUGCUAAGUCAGACACAGAACGUUUGCCAGCUUGGAGCACGAAAAGAAACAUCUGAAAGCCAAUGCAAGGUAUUCAUGCCUUCGUACUGGGACCAACAGCUUGUGAAUGACUGCGAGCCAUGGUACGAGAAUCCUCGCGGGAAAGCUUUCGUCAGUGGACUUAGGAACGGCAUAUUUAUGAACGAAAACGCAAAGAGCUUUUGCAAAGAAGAUGAUCCCACGAAAGAAGAAACUGACAUGGCGCACAUGCUGGACCGAGACUCCGACAGUCCCGCGAGUUUCACGAGUGUGGACAGUCCUCCAGAGUUCCCGUGGAACCCACGAACCAUCCCCAGUUCCAGAACGAGUGAUGUAGGGGCAUUUAGUUCAACAGAGCAGAAGUUCGUGAUGCACAAAAAUCACAAAACAACCUUCAAGUCCGGUCGCCCUCGCCUGUGUCAGUUCUUGCUCGAGCUCCUCAACAACCCAGACAAAUAUGGCUACAUGAUCGACUGGAUAGACAAAGAGAAAGGUGUGUUCAAGUUCAUCAACUCCAGCGAGGUAGCGCGCCUGUGGGGACGUCGCCGAAAUAAGCCCUCCAUGAAGUACGAGAACUUUGCUCGCUCUUUGCGCACCUAUAUUGCUAAAGGAAUACUUGCAAAGCCUCGCAGCAAACUGGUCUACCAGUUCGCCAGAGUGAAGAGUUGAAGCUCUUUGAAAAAAACAACAAUCACAUUACCACCAUGCCCGACACCAACAUCCAAUUGAGAAAGAACACUAGAAUUGCCUUAAAAGUUAAGACCAGAAGGAAAAAAAUCCUAAAUGUUGCUUAAGGCGCUGCAGUGUUCGGAAUGAGUUCGCCACGAGGCGACAAAAGAAAGACGCCGAAGAACGAGACAUUAAGUUAUAAGGACUCGACCUUUUGGUCGCAAUAGACUGAGUUUAUACCACGAAGAAAAAAAUAUCAAAUUAGAUAUUAAAUACGAUAUCCAAUCGAAUAAGGCGCAGUUGAACCUUCUGAACAACGUAGAAUUUGAAGCAAGAAUGAACUAAAAAGACAUUUUUUUAUUAUAACAAAGUUAAAUUCCAAGUGAAAGUAUAAUUAGACUUUCCCUUUCCUCUGUCCUUUUACUUUACUACCAAAGCGUUUCAUUCCGAAGCCAAAAGGAGUUCUUUUAUCAUAUCGAGUUUUAAAUGACCUUGCAAAAAAGUUAGAUGAUGCGAUUCUUCAUUCCCUCCCCACGAAAAAAAUAACUUUUCUUUCUUAGUCAUGAUCACCCCCGAGUCUUAAAACACAUGAGAAAAAAGAGAGUAUGCCCUGAAGCAUUUCUUCUCCAUACAGUGCUUGCCUAAUAGAGACAUGUCAAGCGAAUGGUAUUUACUAUGUAAAGAUAAAGACCACAUAACUUUUAUCGUGAUUCUGACUGUGUCAGACGUCGCUGGGUGAUUGAAUUUUUAAAAGCAUGAUUUCCAAAAAAAAAAAAGCAGAAUAUUUCUUAUUGUUCGUAAAUCUUUUUGUACCAUAGUAAUUUCUUGAAGGGUGUGUGAUUUUCAAGAUGCAAAAAGUUUAAAUCAUAAUUAUAACCAAGGACCGAACAAUUUGCGCCAAAAUAUAUUGACAAGCAUAGUUUAUAUAAGGUUUUAUAGAGUAAUAUUCGUAUUUCAUAAAAUUUAAGGUUAAACUUUAUUUGUAGAAAACAUGGAAAUUAUGCCCAAUAAAAAAAGUGGUGAAGAAAAUUCUG